UCCACGUCCACUCCGCGAGCUCUUUGCCACGGCGACUGCAUGGCUGUAUAGGCCUGCUACUGAUUCACGGAUCGCCGAGCUCGGUCUCUUCCACGACCGCUUCUUGAACGCCGCCCGCACAACGUAGACGCCGCACGCCUGCCCCACUAUCGUCUUUGCGACUCUUCAAGGCAACACACCCUCACCCUCACCUCCGCGCCUCAAUCCGCAACUGCCAGGAAACCCACCCACGCCCACUCUACAAGAAAAAGCUAUCCUGGGGAUACAACCACGCAGCUGAAGCUGUCUGGGAGCUCGUCCCUCGCGCAGCGGCCCAGCAUGUCUUUGUCAAUCGAAGAGCUAGACGCCACGGUGCGCGCCUUCUACGAGGGCCGUGGUGAGACCCAAAAACAAGCCCAGGCCACUCUCAAUCAGUUCAAGGAGAACCCGGACGCCUGGCUACUGGUCGACAAGAUACUGCAGGAGGCGCAGUACCCUCAGACCAAAUACUUAGGGCUCCAGGUGCUCGACAAUGUCAUCAUGACUAGGUGGAAAGUUUUGCCGCGCGAUCAAUGUCAAGGCAUUCGCAACUUCGUCGUCAACUUCAUCAUCCAACUCUCGAACAAUGAAGACCGGAGCCACAUCGAUCGCACCCUCCUCAAUAAGCUUAACCUCGUCCUCGUAUCCGUGCUCAAACAAGAAUGGCCUCACAACUGGCCCACCUUCAUCAACGAGAUCAUCUCGUCGUGCCAUAGCAGCUUGCCUAUUUGCGAGAACAACAUGGCUAUACUCCGGCUGCUGUCUGAGGAAGUCUUCGACUACUCAGAGGACCAGAUGACGUCGGCGAAGCGGCGGGAGCUCAAACAGAGCAUGUCCGACGAGUUCACAUCGAUAUACCAGCUCUGCUCUGAGGUUCUCCGGACUGCCACCGAGGCGACGCUCAUCAAGGCGACCCUCGAGACGUUGCUUCGCUUCCUCAACUGGAUUCCUCUUGGAUACAUAUUUGAGACGCCUCCCAGCGGUGCCAGCCUCAUCGAGACUCUCCGCAGCCGAUUCCUCGACGUUCCUGAUUUCCGCAAUAUCACAUUGAAGUGCCUGACCGAGAUCGCCGGUCUCCACACCCAGCCGGCUUAUGAUGACAAAUUAGUCCAGAUGUUCACGGAAACCUUGACCGCAAUCUCGAAGAUUAUACCUCUGACUCUUGAUUUGAAGAGCACAUAUGCGCAGAGCAAUAGCAGGGAUCAAGAAUUUGUGCAGAAUCUGGCUCUCUUCUUGACCAACUUCUUCACGAUGCACUUGAACGUUAUCGAGAACCUGAUGAAUAGGGACUUCCUCACCCACGGCCAUUUUUACCUCAUCCGCAUCAGUCAGAUUGACGACAGAGAAAUCUUCAAGAUCUGCCUGGAAUACUGGACGAAGCUUGUAUCCGAGCUCUACGACGAGAUGCAAGCGCUACCGAUAACCGAUAUGAACCCGCUUCUCAAUAUGGGCCUCUCGUCGGCGAACGGUGGUGCUCGCGAUCCCGCCAUCUUAGCCAACUAUCCGCUGCGUAAGCACAAAUAUGCCGAGAUUCUCUCCAAUCUCCGCACCGUGAUGAUUGAAAAGAUGGUCAGGCCUGAGGAAGUGCUCAUCGUCGAGAACGAUGAAGGUGAGAUUGUGCGCGAAUUCGUCAAGGAGAGCGAUACCAUUCAGCUCUACAAAUCAACCCGAGAAUGCCUGGUCUUCUUAACCCACCUAGACGUCAACGACACAGAGCAGAUCAUGUCCGAGAAGCUCGCACGACAAGUUGAUGGCACUGAAUGGUCCUGGGCAAACUGCAAUACCCUUUGCUGGGCUAUUGGUUCCAUUUCCGGUGCCAUGAAUGAAGAGACGGAAAAGCGAUUCCUCGUCACCGUGAUCAAGGAUCUCCUUGGCUUGACCGAAAUGAAGCGCGGCAAAGACAACAAGGCCGUCGUCGCCAGCAACAUCAUGUACAUUGUUGGCCAAUACCCCCGCUUCUUGAAGGCGCAUUGGAAGUUCCUGAAGACCGUGGUCAACAAGCUCUUCGAGUUCAUGCACGAGACACACGAAGGUGUUCAGGACAUGGCCUGUGAUACCUUCAUCAAAAUCGCCAACAAGUGCCGCAGACACUUCGUCGCGCUUCAGCCUGGCGAGACUGAGCCUUUCAUUGACGAGAUCGUGCGGAAUCUUCGAAAGAUCACGGCAGACCUAUCGCCCCAGCAGGUUCAUACCUUCUACGAGGCGUGCGGUUAUAUGAUCAGCGCCCAAGGCCAGAAGAGCAUGCAGGAAAGGUUGAUCCACGACUUGAUGGCACUCCCAAACCAAGCUUGGGAUAACAUCAUUGCGCAAGCGAACCAGAACCCGGCCUGUCUGCAGGAUGGAGACGUCAUCAAGAUUGUCGGAAACAUUAUGAAGACCAACGUUGCGGCAUGCAGUUCGAUAGGGUCCUACUUCUACCCCCAGAUUGGUCGCAUCUACUUCGACAUGCUGACCAUGUACCGCGCGAGCUCUCAGCUCAUCGACGAGGCUGUUCAGCGAGAAGGCAACAUUGCUACGAAGAUGCCCAAAGUCCGCGGUCUUCGCACAAUCAAGAAGGAGAUCCUCAAGCUGAUUAACACCUACGUUGAGAAGGCAGAUGAUCUGGAGAUGAUCCACAACAAUAUCGUCCCUAAGCUUUUAGAAGCGGUACUCAUCGACUACAAGAACAACGUGCCUGACGCACGCGAGGCCGAAGUCUUGAAUGUCAUGACCACGAUCAUCAACAAGCUACAUAGCCUUAUGGAAGACCAGAUCAUAAACAUCAUGGACAGCGUGUUCGAAUGCACACUGGAUAUGAUCAACAAGGACUUCUCGGAAUACCCAGAACACCGAGUCGAAUUCUUCAAGCUUUUGAGGACCAUCAACCUCCGGUGCUUUCCAGCACUGCUACAACUCGACGCCCGAUCAUUCAAGUUCGUCAUCGAUUCAUGCAUGUGGGCGAGUAAGCAUGACAACCGCGAAGUCGAGAGCGCUGGUCUGUCCAUGUGCUUCGAGCUGAUAUCGAACAUGGCGGAUACCGAUGCGCAGACACGCAACGCGUUCUUCCAGAAUUUCUUCACCACGAUCCUGCAAGAUGUAUUCUUCGUCCUCACAGACAGCGACCACAAGGCCGGGUUCAAGUCACAGUCCAUGCUUCUUGCCAAGAUGUUCUGGCUCGUCGAGUCGGGUAAGCUGGAGGGCCCAAUCUACACAGCGCCCGACAUGGCUCCUGCUGGAACAUCCAACCGCGAGUUCCUGCGGAACUUCGUGGGCAACUUGCUCGCGACGGCUUUUCCCAACCUUCAGACCGGUCAAAUUGCCUCUUUCAUCGAUGGACUCUUCGCCACCAACUCUGACCUCGCCAAGUUCAAGAUCAUCCUGCGAGACUUCUUGAUCUCUUUGAAGGAGUUCUCUGGUGACAAUGCCGAGCUCUUUGCCGAGGAACGUGAGCAGCAAGCCGCCAAGGCCAAAGAGGACGAACGACAACGUGCGAUGAAGGUUGGCGGUCUGCUGAAGCCCUCCGAGAUGGACGACGACGAGUUGUGACUGGAGGAAGACCUCAAUGCGCAUACCGCAACGCGCACGCCAUUCGAUAGACCGAGCCAUGGGGGUGAUUUUGUAGACGCCAAUACGAAGCGUUCAAGCGGCCUUGAUGGGUGGGAUGUCUAUGGCCUGUGAUGCGGAAGUACAGUCGAUAGCGGGCUCCGCAUUAUGGCGCUCGGGCCAAAAAGUAGAGCUCACGUCUUGUACUUUGAUUUUUCGUCGAGAAGGAAGGUUUGGACAACGGAGUGAUCUGCGAGCAGAUAUCAAUACCCGGUAGAUCAGGUCCCUGCGAUUCCUUAUUCAGUGCAGAGACAGGUAGCUUGGAGGCGCUCUGGCUUGGGUUGCGUACAAAAAGGUGGAGGGAGGAUGUUGCAGGCCUCAGACGAUAUCCUCGAUGUGUGGAGUAAUAGACAGAAUAUGUACAUGCCGCCCGUUUGCCGAAACAAAUCUUCCAC